AUGCGCCAGUUACAAAACUUCAGUGCUGUCUUCAGCCAGAUGUUCCCUGGAAAGCCAAAGUUUAGCACCGAAGAAAUACCCGACUUAUCUGGGCGAGUGGUCAUCGUCACUGGGGGAAAUGUCGGUAUUGGUAAAGAGACAAUCAAGGUUUUAUUGGAGCAUAACGCCAAGGUCUACAUGGCGACACGAAGUGAAGAGAGAGCAAAUGUUGCCAUUAAAGAGUUGAAGCAACUUACCAAAAAAGAGGCGAUCUUCUUGAAGCUUGAUCUCAGCAGCCUUGUGUCUGUUCGUGAGGCGGCUCGGGCAUUUUUGCAACAGGAGAACAAGCUACACAUUCUGUUUAAUAAUGCCGGAGUAAUGUGGUGUCCGCACGAAAUGAUCAGCGCUGACGGGUACGAUAUGCAAUUCGCCACCAACGUGAUGGGUCACUACUAUUUCACCAAGCUACUCAUGCCCGCCUUGCUCGCGGGCAGGGAUACUUCGCCAGACCGUCACACUAGAGUUAUCACGACGUCCUCCUCGGGCGCAUACAUGGCGACCCUCAACUUCGACAGCUUGAAGGAUGGUCCCAAGCGCAAAAAAGUUACGACAGAGACGCUAUACUACCAGAGCAAGUUUGCAAAUGUGGUCGUCAGCCGUCAAUUUGCAAAACGCUUCGGCGAACAAGGUGUCAUCUCUAUCUCCGUUAAUCCAGGUACGGUCGACACUGAACUGUUGCGCCACACCUCCCCGCGGUCGCGCUCGUUCAUGCGAGCAACAUUCUUGAUGCCCGCUCCGUGGGGCGCGCUCACGCAGCUUUGGGGAGGAACGAUGCCAGAAGCAUUGAAGGCGAACGGAGAGUUCUUGAUUCCGUGGGCGAAGGUUGGGAAGUGUCGCCAAGAGGCGUACGACGAUGAGCUCGGAAGCAAGCUCUGGAAGUGGCUCGAGGAGCAAGUUCGACCCUACCAGGGCUAA